AUGUCAAUUGCCGAUGCACAAGGCUGGAGCCUACAACUCACCUUCCAGCGUGCUGCAUGGAUUCGAUUACGAUACGCAAAUGCUGUAUUCCGUGAAGAGAUUCUGGAUUUAGCUAUGUUGUCUCCAAGCCAACCAACAGUCCAACAGUUGAAUGAUAUUGCACGCUGCUGCACGGAGGACUGGGAGUCACAUCCUACAUAUCUCCAUUUUACGCCAGACAUCUGCAACAGUGAUGACAAUUCAAUGAUUUCCUUCAUGCUUAUCGUCUCGCAUCUUGCAUAUCUCAAUUACCACUUCCUUAUCCAAAUGCUUCUUGUCCGACAGCAUCAUGACCCAAACACAUCUUCAAUCUCCGUAAGAUCCCAGAUUUUAUCAACUGUUCUCAAGUUGGGACAUAUACGUGAUACAUACGUGGAUUUAACUGCAGCUGCGCGUUCCGAGGAUGGCGAUAUCAUUCGUAACCUUUGUGUUUUCAUUUCUCAUAUGGACGCGGUGGAGCGACCUAGAAAUGGUACGCCGUUGACCAAUCACAAUCUAGCUUCAGACUUAGGUCUUUCUAGUCCCGGCGCCGGUCGAGGCGCAGUUUCCACAACUGUCAGGCAGCCCUUUUUAAUUGUCGUAUAUUAUCUCUCACCUAAUAAUGAGACCUCCAUCGAGUAUAGAAGCUACUCAUCUUUUCCAAAAUCAAUGGUUGGUGUAGGCGGAAGAUCCAAGGCAUGCGGACAAUGUCGACGCCGGCGGGUCAAAUGUGAUGAGCAGAAACCGCAUUGUCUGCGAUGCAUUAAGGCAAAACUUGAAUGCAGUGGGUAUCCCGACGUGACCAUUAUUCAGUUCGACGGACGAAGAAGACGCAGAACAUCCACCCCAACUUCACGAAAUACCUUGAACUCUGAUAGGGAGUUGUCCACGGAGAUUGUGCCUCGUGCUGUUUCAAGCACACCUCAAAUUGCUUCAACCGCGGGUCCGUCGAUUGAGCCUCGUAUUUCAUUGAAUUAUAAUGAUGUAUUCAUGGAAUACACCCGUUCUAAACUCUUUCGUGGCCUUGACUCAGAAGACCUCGUUCUUCCUCCUAAUUUAGAUCAAGGUCUAGUUAGCAAGGCAUUUCUCGCGCUCUGUACGACGUUCUUUGGAGUAGAGCAUAAAGAGCAACAACUUAUUAGUCGAGGAUUUCAUCAAUACGGACAUGCAUUGGAACGUGUUCACGGCGCACUUGGUGAUCCAUCCCGACGCGCCUCGUUCGACCUUCUCAAGUCGAUAGCAGUGAUGUCGUUAUUUGAGUUUCUUAUAUCAGAUCGUCAGGACGGCUGGCUCAGCCAUACCGUUGGCCUGGAGAAACUGUAUGCUCUACGUGGUCCAUACUCAUUCAAAACACUCUCGGAGCUCCAGCUGUUUGAGAACUCCCGCCCUUCCAUUAUAUUCUCUUCCCUAUUUUUGAGACGACAUACGAUUCUGUCUAAACCAGAAUGGAAAGUAAUGCCCUGGAUUACAUACCCCGACAAAAAGACAGCAAUGCAGCGAUUGGUUGAUCUUCUCGCUGAUUGUCCGGCUUUGUUCAUGGAACAAGAUCGGAUAGCAUCUGAGAGCCCAGGAACGCCAGACCAAACCGGUGACUUGAUUGAGUUGCUCCGAAAAGUCAUACGUCUUUUAGACGACCUGCUACAGUGGAAUGAGCAAUGGGAGCUGGAAAACCCUGACUACUGCUACGAUGUUCCCGCGCCGGCCUCGACACCGCUCAUUGCCAGCAUGUAUGAUGGUGAUAGCUAUGUACCGGCUUGGUCGACGGUACUGGAAUACAAAAGCAUGUACCACGCAAACACGGUAAUUGUCUAUAAUGGUACUCUGGUCCUGCUUCUCAAUCUCGCUCAAAGUGUAAUGCAGAUGAAGUCAAUUCCAACAAUGCACCAAACUCCACACAUAAUCGAUAUGAAAAAGAUAUACAAUGCUGGGAUCACUAUCUGUCGCAGUGUUGAAUACCAUCUCCAGAGCAUGCGACAAGGCGCUGGUAGCUUUUUUCUCCUCUUCCCUCUACGCAUGGCAUAUGUUUCUGUUGGGCGUACCGAACCGACUAUUGGCACCUGGAUACAAGAUGUGUUGAAACAGAUACAAGACGGAAAAAGCGGUCGAUGGGCUACAGCAAAGUAUUUACUGGAUCUUCAACCUCUGUCUAGGAAUUCUGCAUCAAGGAUUGUUAUUACAUGA